AUGGCUUCCAUCCGCGUGCUGUCGUUCGAUGCUGAGGGCCGCCCUGUGCGGUUCACCGCUUGGCUAGAUGACCUGCAGCUGUUCCUCCUGAGCGAUAGCAAGGAGCAUGUGUCGCUCUAUGACUACGCGUCUGGUGCUGCGCCUGCCCCUCCUGCCACAGCUGAGCUUAGUGUUCGUUCCCACUGGCAGACUCGUGACGCAGCUGCUCGCCUAGCCAUUCGCAGUCACCUGCCGUUAGCUGAGCUAGAGCAUUUUGGCGACUGCAAAUCAGCUAAGGCCCUGUACGACGCUGUCGUCGCUCGCUACUCCUCGCCUGCCACAGCCGAGCUUAGCCGCCUCAUGCUGCCGUACCUGUUCCCCGAUCUGUCCACCUUUACUACAGUCGCCGAUCUUAUCACCCACCUUCGCACUAGUGAUGCUCGCCUGCGUGCCGCCCUUCCCACCGAGUUCUGCGCUAAGAACCCCCCUCCACUGUACUGGACACUCCACUUUAUAGUCACUCGUCUCCCUGACACCCUCCGCUCAGUUCGAGACCACUUCCUUGCUCGCUGUCCCACUGAGCUCACAGUCGCCCUCCUAGAGGAGCACCUGCUCGCGGCCGAAAAGAGCAUUGUAGCUGUCGGUGCUGCUCGUGGCGCUCCUCGCACCCCCAUCUUUGAGGGGUGUUCUCCCUCUCCCCUCGCUCCCUCCUACGCUGCUGCUGCUGCUGUUGACUUCCUUGGUGCUGAGUCUGUUGGCGCUGCUUCUGCUCCUGGUGGGAGGCGCCGCACCGGCAAGGGCAAGGGGGGCAAGGGUGGUGGUGGUGGCGCUGGGGGGGGAGGAGGUGGGGGAGGUGGGGGGGGAGGCGGUGCUGGAGGGAGCGGUGGCGGGAGCGCUGGUGGGAGUGGGGUCGGUGGUGGAGACGGGGGCGGCGGAGGAAGCAGUGGCAGUAGUGGCGGCGGCGGCAGUGGCGGCGGUGGCGGUGGUGGCGGUGGUGGCGGUGCCGGUCGGAGCGGUGGUAGUGGUGGCGGCGGAGGUCGGAGUGGAGGCACUGGCUCGGGCCAGAGCUCCCAGCAGCAGCAGCGUCCCCAGACGACCCAGCAGCUUCGUGAGUGGCUUGCUCAGCGUGGGACGUCGGGGGCCAGUGCCCGCUGUUCUUAUGUCAUUCGCACAGGUGACCGCAAGGGACAGACGUGUGGGAGGUUCCACACCCCGUACCGCUGCUUCUCCCGCCUUGACGACGCUUGGCGUGAGGAGAUGGGUGCGGAUGUUGAGCGCCCCCGCUGGGCUGAGCUCAUGAGGGCUGGUGUUGAUGUCUUUGCUCUUGACUAUGAUGCUAUUAUUGCUGCCAUGUAUGCAUUGACUGUUAGUGCCGAGGGAGACUGUUACUUGUGUGUGCCGCCUGACCCAGGUAUAGAGCCCGCUGCCCUGGGUACUAGUGAGUCUGCUCUCUCUGGUAUGGUGCCCCCUGUACUUGCUCCCCCCAGUGCUGUCCCGGCUGGUUUCGAGUCUGCUCUCUCAGGUACAGCACCCACACAGACUGCUCUCUCAGGUACCGCACCGGCUGAGGCCUGUCACACCUUCACCCUUGACUCAGGUGCUUCCCGUUGCUUCUUUCGUGACAGUACUGAGCUCACACCGCUUCCUGCACCGGUCCCAGUCUCCUUGGCUGACCCCUCUGGGGGCCCAGUCCUUGCCCAGUCCACCACUGUCCUCCCUUGUCCGGCGGUUCCGUCUGGCUCGUUGUCGGGUUUCCACCUCCCCUCGUUCUCGACGAACCUGGUGAGCAACGCUGUCCUCCAGGAUCAGUGGGUUGACACCUUUACCCCUGGCGGACAGCGUGUGGCGAUCUGCACGUGCUCCAGGACUGGCCGUCACCUGGCUACGUUCACCCGUCGGCCGGGGUCGAGUCUCUACACACUGACCACUGCGUCUCCCCAGGUAGCUGCUGUCGGUCAGGUGUCUGCGUCAGGUCUGGUGGCCCACGCCUGUGAGUGUCGUUCCCUGUCGCACCAGACUCUUCUCUGGCACCACCGCCUGGGUCACCCCUCCUUGCCACGCCUUCGUGGCAUGCACCGUCGCCUCCUUGUGUCCGGUCUUCCCAGGUCCCUCCCUCCCCUCCCUGCCUCGCCUGCGCCGCCUUGCCUUCCUUGCGUCGAGGGGCGGCAGCGCGCCGCUCCUCACUCCUCCUCGUUCCCCCCGACAGAGGCUCCUCUGGAGACCCUCCACCUGGACGUGUGGGGCCCAGCCCGCGUUCGUGGUCAGGGCGGUGAGCGGUACUUUCUGCUGGUUGUCGACGACUACUCGCGUUACACCACGGUCUUCCCCUUGCGCACCAAGGGUGAGGUCCCUGCUGUUCUGAUCCCUUGGAUCCGCUCGGUUCGUCUCCAGCUCCGCCGCCGUUUCCGGACGGAUCUUCCUGUCCUGCGUCUGCACUCUGACAGAGGUGGUGAGUUUUCCUCCGAUCUCCUGAGGACCUUCUGUCAGGCAGAGGGCAUCGAGCAGACCUUCACGCUUCCGGACUCCCCACAGCAGAAUGGGGUUGCUGAGCGCCGCAUUGGCCUGGUCAUGGAGAUCGCUCGUACCUCCUUGGUCCAUGCGGCGGCUCCCCAUUUUCUGUGGCCGUUUGCUGUCCGGUACGCCGCGCAUCAGCUCAACCUCUGGCCCCGUGUCUCCUUGCCGGAGACCUCGCCCACACUGCGUUGGACGGGGGAGGUUGGCGAUGCGUCGCGCUUCCGGGUGUGGGGUGCUCGUGCCCUUGUCCGCGAUACGUCCGCGGACAAGCUCUCCUCCCGCACGCUUCCCUGUGUCUUCCUUGGCUUUGUCCCUGACGCGCCUGGCUGGCAGUUUUACCACCCCACCUCGCGCCGGGUCUUCGCCUCUCAGGAUGUCACCUUUGACGAGUCGGUCCCUUUUUACCGUCUCUUCCCCUACCGCACUGCCCCCCUCCCUCCCCCGCCGCUUUUCCUUGCUCCUGGUCCCCCUCCGGUAGACCCCCUUCCCCCUCAGGGUCCUGCUCCUUCAGGUGUCUCUCAGGUAGACCCUCCUCCCGUCGCUGAGCCUGUCGAGGUCACAGGUGACUCAGGUGCUGCUGCGGGUGGUGCUGCUGGGAGUGCUGAGCCUGGGGGUACUGAGCCUGGGGGUGCUGGGCCUGGGGGUGCUGGGGCUGCAGGUGCUGGGACUGAGGGUGCUGGAGCUGAGGGUACGGUGCCUGAGAGUACGGAGCCUGGGGGUGCUGCGCCUGGGGGUGCUGAGCCUGCGGGUGCGGGGCCUGGGAGUGCUGGGACUACGGGUGCUGGAGCUGAGGGUACUGUGCCUGAGAGUUUGCCGCCUGGGGGUGCUGAGCCUGGGGGUGCUGCGACUGGGGGUGCUGAGCCUGCGGGUACUGAGCCUGCGGGUACUGAGCCUGGGGGUGCUGCUACUGAGCCUACGGAGCCUCGGGUUACUGCGUCUGGGGGUGCUCCGGUUCGGGGUGCUGAGCAGUCUCUCACACCGCAGCAGCUUCGCGACUGGUACGUCCGACGCUUUCGCCGUCCUAGUGGCUCGACUGGAGUUUGGGGUGCUGGAGCUGCUCGUCCUGGGGGUGCUCGUACUGGGGGUACUGGAGCUGCUGGAGCUGGGGACUCUGGCGCUGGCGGUGCUAGCGGAGUUGGAGCUGCCGACUCUGGGGGUGGCGCUGCUGCUGGUGCUGCGGACCCACCUGGUGGAGCUGCUGCUGGUGCUGAGGAGUCGGACGGUGGAGCUGCUGCUGGAGCUGGGGACCCGGCCGGUGGAGCUGCUGCUGGUGCUGUGGACCCGGCCGCUGGAGUCCCUUCUGCUUCUGGAGACGCUGCGCGGCCGCGACCGUACUUCGUACCGCUCCUUCAGCAGGUUCUUGGGCAGGCUCCUCCUCCUUGUCCUCCUCCCUCCGUAGAGUGUCCUCCGCCUGUCCCGCCGCAGUCACAGUUACCGCCUGCCUCGCCUCUCCCUGCUCCCUCUCCUUAUACUGGUCCCACAGGAGGUCUUACAGAGCGUCGUGAGCCUGAGUCUCGUCCUGCGUCGCCUGUUCGUCCUGCUCGCACUGGUAGUCGUGUCCGUCGUGAGCGUCCUCCUCCUGUCCCAGGCACUCACUACAUGACUCUGCGUCCCUCUACUGCUCCUCGGCGUGUCCCUCUACCGUCUCCUCCUGCGUCCUCUUUGCCUGCCGUUCCGGACCCUGAGUCUGACCGGUAUCGCGCUGAGCACCCUACAGUCACGCGUCUCCUUGCUACUGUUGUCACUGACCCCACCUUUGAGUCCUCGGCUGCGUCUGCUCUGGUCGCUGAGUUGGUUGACUUUGCUGCUGCCUGUCGUCUAGACUACGCUGCUAGCCUUGUCGCUGAGUCAGAGUCUGCGUCUGUCUGUCCUCCGUCCGUCGGGGGUGAGUGUGCUCUUGGCACGGACGUCCUUGAGGACAGGCAGGAGGACUUUGACUCUCUUGCGGCUGCUGUACCUCAUCUCGUGGCCUGGUUGCUUGCCCCUGAGGGAGACCCGGAUGCACUAGACAUCCCCACUCCGCGCACUUACGCAGAGGCGAUCUCGGGUCCCUACUCCUCUCAGUGGCAGACAGCCAUGGACGCAGAGAUGGCAUCCUGGAAGUCCACAGGCACCUACGUCGACGAGGUCCCCCCUCCUGGGGCGAACAUCGUCGAUGGCAUGUGGAUUUUCAGGGUGAAGCGGCCGCCGGGUUCUCCGCCUGUCUUCAAGGCGCGUUACGUGGCUCGAGGCUUCAGUCAGCGUCAGGGGGUCGACUUCUUCCAGACCUUCUCCCCCACCCCGAAGAUGACCACUCUUCGGGUUUUGCUGCACGUUGCUGCUCAGCGUGACUACGAGCUUCACUCUCUUGACUUCAGCACAGCGUUCCUGCAGGGCAGCCUGCACGAGGAGAUCUGGCUGCGCCGCCCACCUGGCUUUACUGGGUCGUUUCCCCCUGGUACCCAGUGGAGUCUCCGCCGGCCAGUCUACGGUCUCCGCCAGGCGCCACGUGAGUGGCACGACACACUGAGGACUGCACUUGCGGCUCUUGGGUUCGCGCCGUCUACUGCUGACCCGUCGCUGUUUCUGCGCACUGACACGUCGCUGCCGCCGUUCUACAUCCUCGUGUACGUCGACGACUUGGUCUUUGCUACUGCUGACACUGAGGCACUCGCUCGUGUGAAGUCGGAGCUGCAGAAGAGACACACCUGCACUGACCUGGGUGAACUGCGUAGCUACCUUGGCUUGCAGAUCACCCGGGACAGAGCCCGUCGCACCAUCACCCUGACUCAGUCACACAUGGUGCAGCAGGUCCUUCAGCGCUUCGGCUUCCAGUUCUCCUCACCACAGGCCACACCUCUGGCUACCAGCCACUCACUCUCAGCUCCACCUUCGGACGAGUCCGUAGAGCCGAGUGGCCCGUACCUAGAGCUUGUAGGCUGCCUCAUGUACCUGAUGACUUGCACGCGACCUGACCUCGCGUACCCUCUUAGCAUCCUUGCUCGUUACGUUGCGCCUGGGAGACACAGGCGAGAGCACUGGGAGGCUGCUAAGAGGGUGCUGCGGUACCUGUGCAGUACAUCAGGCAUGGGGCUGGUGCUUGGAGGACGCGACAGAGUUGUCCUCACUGGUCACUCGGACGCCUCUUGGGUGGACGACCUGGCUACGCAGCGGUCGUCACAGGGUUACACCUUCAGCCUUGGCUCUGGUUCUGUCUCGUGGCGGUCCACCCGCUCUUCCUCUGUUCUCGGCUCUAGUUGUGAGGCUGAGAUCUACGCCACAGCCAUGGCUGCACAGGAGUUACGCUGGCUCACCUACCUGCUGACUGACUUGGGAGAGCGGCCUAGUUCUCCGCCAGUUCUGUACGGUGACAACAAGGCGGCUCUUGCCUUGUGUCAGGAGCACAGACUGGAGCACAGGACGAAGCACAUUGCUCUUCGCUACUUUCUUGCUCGAGAGCUUCAGCAGCGCGGUCAGCUUCGGCUUGUGUACGUGGACUCGAAGGCCAACACUGCUGAUAUCUUCACCAAGGCGCUCCCGCCUAGUGAUCAUCAGCGGCACUGGUUCGAGCAAUACCAAACUUCAUACGACACUCCCGCCAUUAUCUCGCACAAACCUCUACCCACCUCACACGCGCUUGGCUGGAAAUUCUCACUCACCAUGGCUGCUGGGGAUACGCUUCCUUGGACGGGCUGGUUCGCCAGCGGAAUCAACGCCGCCCAGCAUAUUUCCCCAAAUGCAGCGGCGUCAGGCGGAGACUUCCGCGCUGCGUCUGGCGUAGUCGCAGCCUUUGUCGCAGCGAUCGCAGUUCUCAUUUCCACUUCGUGGCUCUCCUUCCUCCGCCGCCGUCGCUCCCUCCCCCCCGGCCCUUACCCAUGGCCUAUCCUCGGUAACCUCCCGGACCUAGGAACGCUUCCAUUCCGCUCCCCGGCGAAGCUGGCCGACAGGUACGGCCCAAUCCUGACCGUAUGGUUCGGUUCGACACCGUCAGUGGUGAUUUCGUCGCCGGAGCUCGCUCGCGAGGUGCUUAAAACGAAUGACAAGCUCUGCUCGUCUCGCCCGACGAUUCGCACAUUGGAGAUUUUCUCUCUCGGCGGGAAAAAUAUCGUGUUUUCGCAACCCAACGACCGUUGGCGAAAGUUGCGACGGCUGGCGACGCUGCACCUUCUGUCUGCGAAGAAACUGCAGGAGAGUCUUGAUGUGCGAGAGGGGGAGGUUCGCGACAUGCUCGAUGCGAUCGCUGCUGACGUGGCUAGUACUGCUGACGAAGCUGCUACUGACGCAACAACGGGUGGAAACGCGUAUGUCACCGUGGCAGACGAGGGGAGCAUAGUAGAAGUGCGCAGGUAUUUAAGUCGCGCGACGCUCAACAACAUUAUGCGCAUUACUGUCGGGAAGCGGUUCGGCUAUUCGUCGAUUCGCGGCGCGGCGAGCACCACGCCGAAGGCGCUUCUCGACGACGCGAUGCGCAUCGACUGGAACGCGCGCAUCGCCACAAUUAGCGGCGAGGAACGCGGCGGUGAAAUUCGACGCGGCGCCGGUGCCGACGCGGCUGCAGCUCCAGCUACUGGUUCAGACGCUUCAGCAGCGGCGGAAGCGGAAUGUAGUACUGCUAAGACUAACUUAUCGUCUGCAAUGGAGGCGACGGAAGGAGAGGUAGCGUUUGCGAUUAUUGAGGAGGGAUUUGCUCUAGCGGGAGCAUUCAAUCUCGCGGAUUACGUGCCCUGGCUGAACCACUUGGACCCGCUGCGCAUGUACGCGUGCGCGCAGCGCCUCGCGCCGCAGCUGUUCGGACUCAUGGGCGCGUGCAUCGCGGAGCGACGCCAGCUCCUGCUGAAAAAGAAAUGUUCCUCAAACGAAGAAAACGUGACUGUGGUGGAAGAAACCACUCUUGUCGAUACUUUGCUCGAGAUUGAAGGGGAGGGGGGGGAUCAGCUGAAUCAAGACGAGAUGCUAAUGCUCGCGAUUGACAUGAUGAUGGCUGGCACUGAUACCACCGCCAAGACCGUGGAGUGGGCGCUUGCUGAGCUGGCACAGCACCCUGACAUGCAUCCCAAAAUUACAAAAGUUGGGUUUGGCCUAUCGGGCAAGGAAGUGGGUACUUCGAAGCUUGGCUUGGAGUAG